UGUUCAAAAAAAAAAAAAAAAAAAAAAAGCGAGUCUUGUUUCAUCACCAUUUCAUCAAUACAAGUUUGUAAUCUCUAAAUACAUUUUGUGACCAUACAAGUAAUCAGUGUUAAGAUGGAAGGCAAAACUGUGAUUUUAAGUGUGCUAAUAAUGAUUUUUGUCAUGGCCCAUAAUCAAGUCGAAGCGAGGGUUUGUUGCCCGAGCAAGGAAGCCAGAUUAGCAUUUUAUGUAUGUAAUCGUACUAAAGCGACGACGACUUGUGCACAACUUAAUGGAUGCAAAAUCGUUCCUGAGACGAUAUGUCCUUCAGGAUAUCCAUAUGGCCAUUUCGGAAACUCUGGUAAUACUGUCAAUGGAUACUGCAAGCUGGGUUGUGCAUCCUCUGUGUGCAGUGACUUAGCCACUCUCCAGGACUUGGCUGCAAGUGAAAUUGUGAAUGGGGCGGUUGCACAAUGCACCAACGCAUGUUCUGAUUUCUGUACCAAGGGCUCAGCUAAUGCAGUUGACACUGCCUAAGAAGCAUAUCCACGAUCUAUGUAUUGUAUGUGUUGUUGUUCUCCUUGUUUUCAAUAAUUGUCGUGUAUGUGACAAAAUGCUAGACUCUUGUUCUAUUUCCUGGUUUUCUAUGUGACGUAGAAGGUCAUCGAUCCCUAAAUUGUUAAUCCCUUCUACUUGUUAUAUAUCUAAAUAAAGAAUAAUGUUUCCUUCU